AUGAAUUCGUUUGUUCCUGCUCAAUUUUCGACAUUUACGUCGAAUUUCAAUCUUGAUAGAUUUAAGUCGGGACCAGAUGGAUCAUUUAGUUCUAGAUUCAAGGAUCUUCGGAAACCAACAGACUUUUUGGAUGUUUCUCGGAUGAGCAAACCAUCUAGUAUGUCCGAUCUCCAAAGUAGAAUUUCUUACAACCUUGGCUACUUUGGAUCCAACUAUUUCCUCAUUAUUGCAAUAAUUGCUCUAUAUAUGAUUGUCACCAAUCUUCCGUUACUAUUACUAAUAGUGUUUGACGUGGCCAGCUUUUAUUUGAUUAACUACUUCUUUGGCGAAAGUGAUGAUUUAGAUCUAAGGUUUUUAGUGUUGCAAAAGAAUACUUUAUACACUAUUAUUCUCGUGAUUAAUCUUCCAGUUCUAUUUAUAGCGAGCCCUUUCAGCACACUCAUAUGGCUUACACUAAUUAGUGCUGCUUUGGUUUUAACUCAUGCUUCUAUUAUGGAUAAGCCUGUUAUUGCUGCAUACUCAGAGAAUGUUUGA